AUGAACAAUGCCCUGCAGGCUCUACCAUUCCCCUACCCUAACGACUCCACCAAGUUCCUCCAGUGCGGGCUGUACGGAGGAGUUCUGUGUGGUCUUGUGAAGACUGCCACCGUGCCGGACACUGAUCAGGAGCGGGCGGACCGAAGCAUCAUCCUGCCUGGAGCAACCCUCGCCCGCACAUCUUGCCAGUGGCAGGUGGCGACCAACCCUUGCGUGAACAAUGCUCUGCAGGCUCUGAAUUUCCCGCACCCGACCGACGCCGCCAAGUUCCUUCAAUGCGGACUGUACGAACGAAUGUAUGUUGUCCAGUGUCCCGCUGGAGAGCUAUACGACCAGGCAACGUCCUCCUGCGUUACUCCAAAGGCGAUUGUAGCCCAGCCGACCUACAUCGCCUCUCUCGGCAUUCCGAGUCCAUGCACAGCACAGAGCCUCCAGGCAGGCCGAAUAUUCUUCUCGGUUGCGAAUAGCAACAAACAAUUCAUCCAGUGCGACGCAGCCGGAAAUGCCCGCGUGAUCACCUGCCCUGACCGGCUCAUCUGGGAUCAGAACAAGCAAUCGUGUGUGUACACACUUCAAGGCGGCGUGGCGAACCAUGGCAAUCUGGGUGCUGUCACAGGUUUUUUGAACGGCGCUAACCCAUGUACCGCUCAAGCCAUCAGCGCCCAGGCCCUGUUUUUCUCUCACCCCGAUCCCACCAAGUUCAUCCAGUGUGACCUGCAAGGGAACGCUUUCGUCCAGAGGUGUCCGUCUGGUCUCGUGUGGAACCAGUACUUGGAGACGUGCGCUUCCCAGCUCGCCUCAUUUACACUCAGUGGACAGACAAACUUAUCGGGAUAG